AUGCCAUUGACCUGUAGUGAUUGCCCGAAGAUAUGUUGUUCCGUAAUUAUACCUCCUAUUGGUGUAUUUUUCGAGAAAGGUUGCGGUACCGACUUGGUUAUUAAUAUCCUGCUAACAUUACUUGGUUAUAUACCUGGUUUGAUACAUGCUUGCUUCAUUAUCGUCAAAUAUUGA